CUCUAUUUAGAAGGGACGCAUGGCAAAGAGGUGACCGAUCGCUUAUUCGGCUCGAUAUCUUGGCUGAUAGUGCACUCAUUGAAAGCCGUAGCUCCUGUUAUGGCUAACGAUAGGCAUUGCUUCGAAUGUUACGGUUAUGAUAUCAUUAUUGAUAAUAAUUUGAAACCCUGGCUGGUCGAAGUGAAUGCGUCUCCUUCGCUUACCUCAACCACAGUAACUGAUCGCAUUUUAAAAUAUAAAUUAAUCGAUAAUAUAUUAUCUGUAGUCUUACCUCCCGACGGAGUGCCGGAUGUGCGUUGGAAUAAAAUACCAAGUCAAGAUGGUUUGGGUAACUUUGAGUUACUAUUGGAUGAGGAAAUAGCUGCCCAAGAAGACAAUUCAAAUGCACAUCAUAGUAAAAACGCAAGAUCCUUGGGUAACAGAUGGAAAUAG